AUUAAUUAACUUAAAUUAAUUAAAUACAUAUAUUUAUAUUUCUAAUAUAAAUAUAAAUUAAUAUACAUUUAAUAUAAAUUAAUUAAAUAAAUAUUUAAUCUGAAGAGUAUGUUGCCAUGACGGCGACACGUCACACGUUCACGCGCGCGUACCAGAACCUCGCGGUUUUCCAGUCAGAGCGAGGAUCACCACCAUCCACAGAUCGGUACUGUAGGUAUCUCAAGCCUGUGUUAUUGAUUUCUUUACACUACGUCGUUUGUUCCACCGAUCACAGCACUAAACGACGUUGCGUCACAAUAUUUCAUCCUGAGGAUUUACGUUACUUUGAGUCUGUAGCAAUAAUGCAAACUUUGUCUCCGAAAUUCAUGUUAGGUUAUGUUUGGGUUAUCAAAACAGCAGCCUGCUUUUGGACAGUUAGGAUUAAGUUAAUUUUGAAAUGUAUUUUGUAACUUAGGUAUCGAAAUGCAGUUGCUCUGUGUUUGUCCAAUCUGUGUGAUGUUAGGCUAAAUAUACGUAAGUUACAUAAUUGUUAAUGAGCGCCUUGAAUAGUCAACAAUUCAUUAAAGAACGUGCGAAGAAUAGCUUUUGUUAUAACGUUACCUGAAUUAUAAUAAAUUCAUGUUUUUGAAACUGGGGUACCAGAGCAUGUGGUAAAUAAAAGUACAAAACUUAAAAACAAGUUAAACCAAAGCAAAAUAAAGAACAACCCAGAAGCAUAUUAGUUGCCCUAACACUAAAGAACUGUCUUGUUUGUUUGGCAACGCAAGCUCAUGCGAUGUAGGCUCAGCUGUAAUUGUUGUUUUACCAUCAUAAUUGAGUGAACUAAUUUUUAUGAACUAAGUUAAUGUGUUGUAUCAUAUGUAAUUCUAUUUAUGUAAAUUUUUGUCUGUCCUGCAGAUUAAUUGUGAAUCACCCAACAUUUUUUUCAUCCAUUCCCAACAUUUCAUGUCACCAUACCAUGUCAAAGGGUGGAGGACUGAAGAAAACUUGCCCUGCUUGUCAGCAGAAGAUUUUUAAUGGUUUUAAAAUGUGCCCUAACUGCAAGGCCCCACAGCCUAAAAAUCUUCGAUUAAAAAAAAAAAUAGAAAAUUUUGAACAAAAAAAGGACACAUGGGUAGAGAAAAGCAAAAGAAACCAGGUGAUCUCUCACUUACUGGAUGAUGCAGUCAUUCUGAUAGAGAAGCUACAUGCAGUUGGCUGGAGGCCUUUGCUCCUCCUUGAAUACCCCCACAAGAAGCCAAAACUGAUUUUGCCUAAAGAUCUGGUGUUGGGCACAAAUAUGCGUUAAAAACAUCCACGAAAUCUUUAAAAUUAUGGUUGAAGGAAAUACAAACCAAGCAACAGAAAGUUGCCAGGAACCAGAGGAAGCUACUUUAAUUUUACAUUUAGAGACUUUGGUCAACCCUUCAGCAGAACAAGAUUUCACUGCCGCAGUGUCUCUGGACCAGGGGGCUGGAACUAUGGACGAUACAGAAUGUGAUCUCAGCCAUACUACAGGACAAGAUUUCACAGCCGCAGCGUCUCUGGAACAGGGGGCUGGAACUAUGAAUGGUACAGAAUCUGAUCUCAGCUCUCCUACAGGACAAGAUUUCACAGCCGUGACAUCUCUGGAACAGGAGGCUGGGACUAUAGACCGUACAGAAUGUGAUCUAAGUCUUCUUCCUACAGGACAAGAUUUGAACGCCAUGAAGUGUCUGGACCAGGAGGCCAGGACUACGGAUGGUCCAGAAUCAAAUCUUAGCCCUCUUCCAACAGGACAAGAUUUCACAACAGUUAUGGACCAGGAGCCUGGGACUAUGGUCGAUCCAGAACCGAAAUUUAAACCCUCCUCCUACAGGACGAAGGACAAGACAAAUUCGGAGAAAGAAAGUUGGAACAACACAGAAAGAAUGCCCCCACAACAACUGGGAGGUGCACCCAUACAAGGACAUAAUCCAGACAAGGCAGAGAAAGGGAAAGACAGAACACCUGUAUGAUUGGAUGCCCUGCAAACUAUGUGGAAAAACGUGGCCUCCAACCUGGGAGGCUGCUUGAGACUUUCACACACACAUUUUCUCACUUCAGCUCUAUCAAAUUCUAACAUGAUCCUCAUGUUCAAAGAGGGCCUUGUCUCUAUCCCACCUGUUCACUCUUGCUCUCAGAAAGCUUUCAGACACACACACUUACACUGACACUGACACAAUAUUGAAUUUUAAUGUUUAUUUUAAUUUGUUGAAUAUGAAUAUUUUAAUAAAGAUUUAUGAAGCUUU